AUGUUACAGGUAAGACAAAUCAAUUCUGAUAUGUUACAAGCUGCCAUGGAAAUUGUCAUUCAGUGUGUGUACUUCUUGGGACAUCACAAUAGUGGUCAUAUUGAAUCUAAUUUUUACAGACUGCGAAACCAGAAAGAGAGUCGUAGAAGUUAUAUUGAUGUUGAGAAUUGUAAGAGUUAUAUUUGUGGUGAUUCAAUGCGUGAUUUGAUUGACAAGUCUGGAAAUUCAUCUGGAAGUGGAUCAGGAAUGGCUCUGUUGGUUCAACGGACAAUUGGGAAGCAAAUAGAUAUGGUUGAAAGUAUUGGAAAAGGACAUUUUGGAGAAGUCUGGAAGGCACGUUUACGUGAUGAGUGUGUUGCAGUUAAAGUUUUCUUUACAUCUGAGGAAGCUAGCUGGUCUAGAGAAACAGAUAUAUAUAAAACUGUCCUUCUUAGACAUGAAAACAUUUUAGGAUUCAUUGCUGCUGAUAUUAGAGGUACAGGUUCGUGGACUCAGAUGUUACUGAUUACUGAUUAUCAUGAGCUUGGCUCUUUGCACGAUUAUUUAAAAGUGUGCAAGCUAGAUAUACGUGCUAUGUUAAAACUAGCCCAUUCAGCCUCAUGUGGCUUAUCACAUUUACAUGUUGAAGUUUUAGGAAAACAAGGAAAGCCAGCUAUAGCUCACAGAGAUAUAAAAAGUCGAAACAUCCUGGUAAAAAAGGAUAGAACAUGCGCAAUUGCAGAUUUUGGCUUGGCUGUUAAAUAUAAAAGUGAUACAAAUGAAUUGGAUAUAGCAUCUAAUACAAGAGUAGGGACUAGAAGGUAUAUGCCACCAGAAGUUUUGGAUGAAACACAAGACAUCUCUCAGUUUAAAUCUUUCAUCAUGGCAGAUAUGUACUCAUUUGCUCUAGUUUUGUGGGAAAUUGCAAGGUGCUGCAUAAUUAAUGGAAUAGUUGAAGACUAUCAGCUUCCAUAUUAUGAGUGUGUACCUUCAAAUCCCAGUUUUGAAGACAUGAAGAAAGUAGUAUGCAUCGAUCAGAGAAGACCCUCCAUACCAAAACACUGGAGUCAUAAUGAAACAAUGGAAGUAAUCAGCAAAGUCAUGCAAGAAAGCUGGAAACAAAAUCCAGGAGCACGACUCACAGCUCUCAGAGUGAAAAAGACUCUUUCAAAAUUAGAAAGUCAACAUAAAAAUGGAGAGCUUGUCUGAAUUGCAAUGAAGUUAUUGUUUUGGAAAGUUUAUCCAAAUGAUGAAGGAUUUCAAAACUGUGAGUCAGAUUAAUGGCUAAACCUCCUUGUAGAUAAUAUUGGUGCCUUUACUUCGAGAAAGUGAUGAGAACUUAACCGGGUAUGUCCUCAACUCAUCACAGUAUAGUUCUGUAAGAAAAGUAUAUCUGGUCCAGGUACAAAAUGAGUUGAGGGCUGCUGCUCAAUUGUGUUCUGUGUUUUCUUAAGUCCAUAAGGCAUUUAUAAGAAUUUUAUUGUCUGUUUAUAAUGACAUUCCCUUUCAUAGUCUGGGUUUCAAAUUCAUUGAAAUACUGAAUUAAAUUCACUGCAUGAGUGAUGUUAAGGGAAAAAGCUGACAAUCUUUUAUUUUUUUCAUGAGCAGCUAGGUAUUGUUUUAAGAAUGCAGUUUUAGUUCAAUAAAUUUAAAACUAUUUGUUUAUUACUUAAAAUUUAAAUGAGCUGAAAGCAGAUACGUACUUCUUUUAAUAAGUAUAUAGCUAUUAGAUUUCAUUGUUAUAUUUUUAUGUAAUUUCAAACUGGUGAAAUUUGCCAUACAAAUGAUCAAAAUAUAGAUCUGUGUUUUUGUUAUUAAAAAAAAAGGUAGUCUUAAUUUACUUGCAUAGAUGCCUGCAUUUCAUUUGUAAGCAUUAAUCUAGUGCUUUAAAAGGUCUUAAGAAUCUCUUGAAUUUUAUAUUUUCUGUUUAAACUUAUUGGAAAUUGGGAUCUUUAAUAGGGAAUAUUUUAAUUGAUCUGAUAUAAAAAAAAUAAAUAAUAAUAAUAAUAAUAAUAACUUUAUAUUCUCUGGCUUCUGUAAAGCCGAUUUCAAAUUUCUUCUUUUUAGCAGUUCAUUGAACUCUCAGAAUGCAUUUAAUGAAUUAUUUAAGUAUAUUUUCAGAGAAGGAAUUUAAUAAUAUGUUUAGAAAUAUGAGAAACUGUUGGUGUAAGUAAUUUUUACUAAAAUGAUGAUUUUUAAGUAUGUUUAUUCUCUCUGUGCGUAAGUAUGCACACAGCUACCAUCCAUUUUGCUAAAAUUGGGAAAUUUGUUAAGUUUUCAAACAUUCGAAUAAAAAAAAAUUUCUUCUGUGCUUGGAUUUUCAUCAGUGUAAUAUUUUAAAAGAAUAGAAAAGAAAAUUACGAAAUCAAAUUAUUUUAGCCUCAAAGUAUAGUUUAAUAUUUAAUUUUUAUUGUAAAUUUAAAUUUUAUAAUGUUUCAUGUUAAAAUCAUAUUAUAACUAGUUUAAUAACCCGAAUUAUGCCUUUAGUUUUAAAUCAUGUUUGCCAGUUUGGAGAGUUGUUCUGAUGUCCAGUUUUUUCAAAAACAUCCCUGUUUUGCAUUCUUCAAAGUUGGCUUUUGUCUAUGUGUAUGUUAAUCACUUUAUAUAUUUUUUACUCUUUGAGAUGUACUUAAUUUCCAAAAUUCAUUAACAAUAGCUGUUUCUGAACUGAAAUACAAAAUUUAAUGUAUCAGUGCUGGAAAAUUUAUCUAACUGCAAAAUUUAUUAUUAGUACAAUCAUUAGCACAAAAUUAUUGGACAGGUUUAUUUGUAAUCUGAAAAGCAUCUGCACUUCAUUUGAUCUGAACUUCUAAGGGCACUACAUUUUUAAUAAUUUAAAGAACUAGCACUGCUUUUUGGAUGCAGCCGAUAAUAAUUUUAUUGUAUUCCUGAAGUGGAAACUUCUUAGCAUUUCAGAGAUGCUACUGCUAUCAUUAUGCAUAUUUUAUCUUCUGGAAGAUAGAAAGUAUUAACAUUUAACCAUUUCUCAGGAAAUAUUUGUUGCAAUUCUCAUAUAGUAGAAAACCAUCAAGAGAAAAAUGUGUUGCUUUAAGUUUUAUUAUUAUUAUUAAAUAAGAGCAAAAGUCUGACUAGAAAUUGCUUUAUGAUGGAAUAAUGUUGCACUUAUUAUUUUAUUUUUAU